AUGGCCUGGCUCCAUGUGCUGGGAGCUGCGUGCCUGUUCCUGCUGUGCCGAGUGCACCCCUCGUGGUCUCUUCAAGAACUGCAUGUGAGCCGGGAGACCCUGGGGAAGAUUGCAGCUGCCAGCAAAAUGAUGCGCUGCUCUGCUGCAGCAGACUUUCUCUUCCUGCUGGACGGCUCACACAGUGUCGGGAAGGGGAGCUUCGAGAGGUCCAAGCACUUUGCCAUCACAGUGUGUGAUGCGCUGGACAUCAGCCUGAGGCGGGUUCGAGUGGGAGCACUGCAGUAUAGCACUGCACCACGCCUGGAAUUCCCUUUGGACUCGUUCUCCAGCCGGCAGCAGGUGAAGGACAGGAUCCAGAGGAUGGUUUUCAAAGGUGGGCGCACGGAGACGGGACUGGCCCUGAAGUACCUUCUACACAAAGGCUUUCCCGGGGGCAGAAAUGCAUCUGUGCCUCAGAUCUUGGUUAUUGUCACGGAUGGGCGUUCUCAAGGGCAGGUGACCCUGCCAGCCAAGCAGCUAAAGGAAAGGGGAGUCUCUGUGUUUGCCGUGGGGGUCCGCUUCCCAAGGUGGGAGGAGCUGCUCAUGCUGGCCAGCGAACCAAAAGAGCGACAUGUGCUCAUGGCAGAGCAGGCGGCAGAUGCCACCAACGGGCUCUUCAGCACCCUCAACAGUGCCGCCGUCUGCACUGUCACCAGUCCAGACUGCAUCACGCAGCCACACCCCUGUGAGCGCCGGACACUAGAGACAGUCCAGGAGCAUACAGGCCAUGCCCCAUGCUGGCGAGGAUCCCGGGGCCCUGGAGGUGGAGUGCUGGCCACACGCUGCCCUGUCUCCAGCUGGAAGAAAGUGUUCUUGGCCCACCCCGCCACCUGCUACAGGACCACUUGCCCAGGCCCAUGCGAUUCACAGCCCUGCCUGAAUGGAGGCACGUGCGUUCCAGAAGGCCGUGACGGCUACCACUGUCUGUGCCCACCACACUUCGAUGGCUCGGCUACCUGUGCCCCGAAGCUGGGCCUGGACUGCAGAGCCGACAUCCUCUUCCUGCUGGCCAGCUCGUCGGGUGCCACACUGGAGGGCUUCCUGCGGGCCAAGGCCUUUGUCAAGAGGUUCGUGCAGGCCACGCUGAGCGAGGAGGCGCAGGCACGCGUGGGUGUGGCCCAGUAUAGCCAGGAGUUGGAGCUGGCCGUGCCAGUGGGCGAGUACCCCGACGUGGCCGACCUGCUUCGGAGCCUCGAGGGCAUGCAGUUCCGCGGCGGUGCCACCCUGACAGGCAGAGCCCUGCGGGAGGCGACUGAACAAGGCUUCAGGAGCAUAGGCCGGCCAGGCUGGGGCCGCCCACGCCGAGUGCUGGUCCUGCUCACUGAGGCACCCUCCCAGGAUGAGGUGACCGGGCCCGCACGGCACGCCAGGAACCAGGACCUUCUCUUGCUGGCGCUGGGCAGUGAGACGGUGAGGACGGAGCUUGAGGAGAUCACAGGCAGCCCCAAGCAGGUGAUGGUCUACAUGGGCCCACAAGACCUGUUCCACAAAAUCCCGGAGCUGCAGACAAAACUCUGCAGUCGACUGCAGCCAGGCUGCCGGGCACAGGCCCUGGACCUGGUCUUCCUGCUGGACGCCUCGGCCGCGGUGGGGCCCGAGCACUUUGCACGGGUGCUGAGCUUCGUGCGGGGUUGCGUGCUCCAGUUUGACGUCAACCCCGACGUGACGCAGGUGGGCCUGGCGGUGUACGGCGGGCACGUACUCACGGCCUUCGGGCUGCCCACCCACGCCACCCGCGCCUCCGUGCUGCGCGCGGUCAGCCAGGCCCCCUACGUGGGGGGCGCGGGCUCGGCGGGCGCCGCCCUGCUGCACGUCCACGACAGGGUGAUGACCGUCCAGAGGGGCGCCCGGCCCGGGGUCCCCAAGGCAGUGGUGCUGAUCACGGGUGGACGCGCAGCCGAGGACGCCACGGUCCCUGCCCGGAGGUUGCGCAACAACGGCGUCUCUGUGCUGGUGGUGGGCGUGGGGCCCGUGCUGGGGGACGCGCUGCGGAGGCUGGCGGGACCCCGGGAUGCCCUGAUCCACGCAGCGACCUACUCGGACCUGCGGCAGCACCAGGACGCGCUGGUGGAGUGGCUGUGUGCAGAAGCCAAGCGGCCCGUGAGCCUGUGCAGACCCAGCCCCUGCCUGAACGAGGGCUCCUGCGUGCUGCGGCUUGGGAGCUACCGGUGUGAAUGCCGCCCAGGCUGGGAUGGGCCCCACUGCGAGAACCGGGCCUUGAGAGGUGAUGCUCCCCAGGCACUGGGCUCUCUCCCAGACCCAGCAGAAGGGCCACAGCCGGACCCAUCAGAGCAUCGACCCUGA